CUCCAACUUCCGGUCAGAGGUUGCUAGGUAACAGAAGUCUGCUUGCUGUGAACAUAGCACAGACGCUUGCUUAAGUUGCUGCUGUUUCUGAAGUUUAGGUUUAUAUUCGUUCGUUUUGAUUCGUGAACACUAUACAUUUGGAAUCAUGAUGACUAUAAAAGAUGGAGAAUACACGGCAACGAUCUACAAACUGAUUAAGGACAGCCAGUAUGUUGAGGCCAUUCACAUCUUAAACAGCCAACUUCAGAAGCACACCAGGUCCAGAGCUGCUCUGUCUCUGCUGGGCUUCUGCUACUAUCACAUCCAGGACUUCAGCAGUGCUGCAGAGUGUUAUGAACAGCUCACUCAGCUGCACCCUGAGGUGGAGGAGUACAAGGUGUACUACGCACAAAGCUUGUACAAAGCAGGCUCGUACGCUGAAGCCACCAAGGCCUCCUUCGCACUGGACACAGCCACCAGUCACAUUAAGAUGAUCAAGCUGCAGGCCUCCAUCAAAUAUUUUGAGGAGAAUUAUUCUGCUGCCAAGUCUCUGGUGGAGCAGCUACCCCAGGAGGACCCAGACUAUGUCUACAACAUGGGCUGCCUGCUCUAUCAAGACGCCAAUUAUGAGGACGCCUGCAAGAAGUUCACGUCGGCCAUGCAGGUGCUGGGAUACGUACCUGCGCUGUCGUACAACGUCGCGCUGUGUUACUACAGAAUGAGCAACUACGCCCAGGCCCUCAAGUACAUUGGCGAGAUCAUCGAGCGAGGCAUCAGGGAACACCCAGAGCUGAGUGUGGGCCUGACGACAGAGGGCAUCGAUGUGCGCAGUGUGGGCAACACGCUGGUGCUGCAUCAGACCGCCCUCAUCGAAGCUUUCAACCUCAAAGCUGCCAUCGAAUACCAGCUGAAGAAACUGAAAGGUGCUCAAGAGGCUUUGACAGACAUGCCGCCACGAUCAGAGGAGGAGCUGGACACAGUGACGCUGCACAAUCAGGCUCUGCUCAACAUGGACUCCAAGCCAUCGCAAGGUUUUGAGAAGUUGGCCUUCCUGCUGCAGCAACCGUCCUUCCCUCCCGUCACUUUUGGAAACUUGCUUCUGCUCUACUGUAAACAUGAGUAUUUUGACCUGGCAGCCGACGUCCUGGCAGAGAAUGCCCACCUCACCUACAAAUUGCUCUCUCCAUAUGAAUAUGAGUUUCUAGAUGCCUUGUUGACCUGCCAGACUGCACCAGAGGAGGCAUUCAGGAAGUUUGAUGACAUGAUCGGCAAAAUGACCGAGAAGUUACGCAAGCUGGCCAAGCAGUUGCAGGAUGCCAAAGCAGUCCGUGACGAUGAAGGACAGAAGAAAGCCCUGCAUGAGUACGACACAAUGCAAGAGAAGUACAUCGUGGUGCUGAUGGCCCAGGCCAAGAUUUACUGGAACCGGGAUAACUUCCAGAUGGUGGAGAAAAUUUUCCAGAAGUCCAUGGAGGUGUGCAACGAGGACGACACGUGGAAGCUGAACGUGGCCCACGUGCUCUUCAUGCAGAGCAAGUACAAGGAGGCCAUCAGCUUCUACGAGCCCAUCGUCAAGAAGCACUACGACAAAAUCUUGGACGUCAGCGCCGUGGUCCUGGCUAACCUGUGUGUGUCCUACAUCAUGACCAGCCAGAACGAAGAUGCUGAGGAGCUGAUGAGGAAGAUCGAGAAAGAAGAGGAGCAGAUCUCCUAUGUCGACCCAGAUAAGAAAGUCUUCCACCUCUGCAUCGUCAACAUGGUGAUCGGCACGAUGUACUGCGCCAAGGGCCACUAUGAUUUUGGCAUUUCUCGUGUCAUCAAGAGCUUGGAGCCUUACAACAAGAAGCUGGGAACCGACACGUGGUUCUACGCCAAGCGCUGUUUCCUGUCCCUGCUGGAGAACAUGUCCAAACACGUCAUCACGCUGAAGGGUGCCGUGGUGCAGGAGUGCAUUCAGUUCCUGGAGAACUGUGAAGAAUACGGCAGGGAGGUGCCCGCCAUCAUCGAACAGCCUCUGGAGGAGUCCCGCGUUCAAAUGGGCAAGAACACGGUCACCUAUGAAGCCCGGCUCCUCAAGGCCCUCUUCCACAAAGUCACCAGCUGGAACGAGUGACGUCACCGAGGCUUACAGCCU